UACACACUUCUUUAUCUUUCACAUUUACAUAAUUUUUUUCGAGUAUUCCCUAUUGAAGUAAACGCGGCCGAACGCAUAGCAUGUGAACAUAAAGUUAAUGUAAUAUAAUAAAAAGUUUGUAUAUAAAGUAUGGAUGUAAGAAGGUCCAGUAGAAACGUCCUCUCAAUCUCAGUGUUGUUGUAUUUGUUCUGCGCCUCGGUCACCGCGUGCUUCAGCUCGGGCUGGGAGACUCUCUUCGAGGAUCUGUUCUCUGAUUUGUGUCCCAUUUUGUCCAGCACGGCUUCAACUAUUAAUGAUUUGAUGGACUCUUAUACACUUACAGAAGAAGAGCCUUUAAUCACCAAGGAGCUGGUCUCCGAGAGUUUCCGCUGCGGGCGCGAGCUGGCGCGCGAGGCCAAGCAGCGCGGCAACAAGCUGGUGCGCCACGGCGUCAGCUUGGACGCCUGCUCGCUCAGCUUGCUGCACUUCUUCUCUCCCACGCUGCCCGGCGACGCUAAGAAGGCUUCUGAGCUGUCCAAUGAACUCCUGUCUGCUACUAAGAUACUUCAGAUGAAGGUUUGCUCGAAUUCAGACGUGACUCCCAACACGUUCCUGUCGUUCUUGGAGCACAGCCCGGUGCGGCCGCGCGAGGUGCACUGCAAGCCGGUGUCGGUCAGCUGCCCGGGCAGCGGCAAGUACCGCUCCUACGACGGCACCUGCAACAACCUGCUGCACCCCGCCUGGGGCAGGCGCGGGGCUCCCUUCACCAGGAUCACUACUCCUAGAUAUGCCGACGGCAUCUACGCAAUGCCAGUGUCCCGCAGCGGGCGGGCGCUGCCCGGCGCGCGCGUGCUGUCGGCGCGGGUGUUCGCGCAGCGGCCGGCCGCGCCCAGCCAGCUGCACAGCGCGCUCAGCAUGCAGUGGGGGCAGCUCGUCACCCACGACAUGCUGGCACAGGUCAUGGAAACCACUGACGAGGGCGGCAUUCAGUGCUGCCUCGGCGACGGGCGUGACGUGCUGCCGCAGUCCAUGCUGAACGACAAGUGCAUCCCCAUCUGCGUGACCGAGGACGACCCCUUCUACCAGCAGCAUGGCGUCAAGUGUCUCAACUUUGUCAGGAGUGUCACCGCGCCGAGGGACGACUGCAGCUUAGGACACGCAGAGCAGAUGAACACGGUGACUAGUUUUCUAGACGGAUCAGCGCUUUACGGUUCAGAUCCAAAACUUGCAUCCAAACUCCGCAGUAAAUGUGGCGGGAGAUUGAAAGAAGAAACCAGAAAAAACUGCAAAGGCGGCUUCCUGCCGUCAGUAGAUGAUAAAUUUGCAGUUUGCGAUUUAAGGAAUUCUUCAGAGCCUUGUUAUUUAGCUGGUGACAACAGAAUCAACCAAACCCCGACGCUGGCGGCGCUCCACACGCUGCUGCUGCGCGAGCACAACCGCGUGGCAGACAUCCUCAGCGACCUCAACCCGCUGUGGAACGACGAGAAGCUGUUCCAGGAGGCGCGGAGGAUCGUCGUCGCAGAAAUACAGCAUAUCACGUACCAGGAGUGGCUGCCUCUAAACUUUGGUGAAAGCUACCUCCGUUACUACCGCAUUUCCCCGACAUCGCUCUACAGCCGGGACUACAACGAGGAAGUGAACCCGGGGGUCAUCAACAGCUUCGGCGCGGCCGCCUUCCGCUACAUGCACACCGUCGUCCCCGACACCAUCAUGACGUGCCCGGCCGCCGGACAGGCUGCCUACUUGCACAAACUGAGCGACCACUACUUCAACCCCGGGCUGUUGGAAGUGUCUCCGGACUCAUUCGACGAGCUCAUCCGUGGCUCCACGAUGAACCACGCGGGCGAGGCGGACCCGCACUGCUCGCCGGAGAUCACAAACCUGCUGUUCAAGUCACGCAACCCGUGGGGGCUGGACCUCCUCGCCAUGGACAUCCAGCGCGGCAGGGACCAUGGUAUCGGUUCUUACAAUGAUUUCAGGGAAAUCUGCGGUCUACAAAGAGCAAAAUGCUUUCAAGAUUUAGCUGGUGAAAUAUCUCAAGAUCGCAUCGGCACCCUGGCAUCGCUAUACGAGUGUGUGGAUGACGUGGACUUGCUGGUGGGCGCGGCGCUAGAGCGGCCGCUGGUCGGCUCGGCGCUGGGCCCCACGCUGCAGUGCGUCGUGGCCGAGCAGUUCUACCGCACGCGCGUCGGCGACCGCUACUUCUACGACAACAGCGAGAUGCCGCACUCCUUCACGCCUGAGCAACUGAAGGAGCUGAAGAAAGCGUCGAUGGCGCGGCUCAUCUGCGACAACUCGGGCGUGCGGCGCGUGCAGCGGAGGGCCUUCGAGCUGGAGGGCGCCGCCAACGGCCGGCACGGCUGCGACGACUACAGCGCCAUCCCCGCCGUCGACCUCACGCCGUGGAAGCGGCCCAAGUUCGAGCUCUACGACUGACCCUACACUUGGCGACAGUGGUGGGUUUGCCAGUACGCUAAGUAGAAUGGAGCCUAGGGCGGCAGAUUUUAGGGGGCAGCAUAUUUGACCGAAAAACUUCCUCUUCUACAGAAAUGUGAUGAUAAUUUUCAUAUUUCAGUCCUGUACAAUGUACCUACAUCCUGCAUACUCUUACUAAAAUAUUAAGACUUGCAAUUUUAUUGACACAAUUUAAGGUAAGGAUAGGUAUCUAUCGAAUUUUAGUACUACCUGCCUACUGGCGGCAAAUUUGUAAAUACACCACUGCUUGGCGUCCUUGUCAGUAUUAGUAGUAGGUAUACUAAUACACAUUUUAUUUUGCUAUG